AGAAGGAGGAGGGACAUGUGGAAAAUCCACAACAGGAAAGUCACAAGGCAGUGAGACCUACAAAGGAGAGUGUCGCUCUUGAGCAGCAAGGCUGUGUCCACUACCCUCCAGAAUGCCUGUAAUGGUGCUUCUAUUCGACUUUCUGCUGCUGUACACAGUAGCUGCCCUCCCAGCUGGAUCCCAGCCUCCCCUACCUCCUUCCUCCCUGGAGUCCCAGCCGCCCAUUCUCAGCCCCGUUUCCUGCUGGAAGCUGAUGCCUGAGUCUCUUCCCAAUUUCAACCGCCUAGACCCUCUGCCUAGGUACCUGAUUAGCCUAUCACUGUACAUAAGCCUGGAGCAAGCUGGCUGUCCAACUGACGCUCGUGCCCUUCGGCAGCAGCUCUAUAGACUGGGCGGGGUGGAAGCCACAGAGACCCUCAUCCAGCAGCUCCACGGCCUACAAGAGGGCAGCAGAGAAAGGAAGUCGGACUGGGUACUGUUCUCCAUUCUGCAGCUCCUGGGCAGUGCGGAGAGGUUGGGAAGGGCCCCUCGUUCACUCUCCCUGGCAGAUUGUGUCUAUGAGAAGGAGCAACGAGUGUACAACGUAAUGCGGUUUCUGCCACAAGUGGGCAGUUUCUAUAAUCUUGGUACAGCUUUCUAUUAUGCUGCCCAGAAUUGCACAGCUCAGGCCUGGGAUCGAGGACAGGAAGCAGCAGUGGACCUAGGCUAUGAUUUCCUUCUUGGGUUGAUGGGGACAACGGGGGGCCCUGCAGGGCUAAUAGCCAGUUUGGCACUUAAGCCAGUAGUCAAAUCUGGAAUUCAGAGACUGAUAGAAUAUUACAGUAAUAAGGAGGGGUCAGGAAGCCCACCCCCAGGCACAGAUCAAAGCUGGCAGAAGGACUGGAGAACCACUACAGAAAUAGGCAACAGCUGAGAGAAAGGCCAUGGGGUGACUCCAACAAUGGGCAGUAGCAAACAUAUGGCUGAUGAAGUGACAUAGGCCACCUCCCUGUGAAACUAGGAGUCAUUCAAGUUCUGGGGAUAGUAGAGAAACCAGAGGCUACCUACCUACCAGCUGGCACUGGAGCUGGGACGUGGGGCACGAAAGUGAUUUAUAAGGAAGAGUCAGAGCUGUGGACUCCAAUGGCAUGUAAAAUAACGUCCAUAUCAUUAUGUGCAAGGCUUAAUAAAUGCUGCUUGAUUGUUCUUUGUAUCUAUGCCUGCGCUUAAUAAAUGAUUACUGAAUUAAACGGGAUGGACUGGAGUUGUUCGUACCUUUUUGGAAUACUGGAUGCA